CAAAACUACAAUGCGGAGACUUCGUGUGAAUAUAAAUAUUUCGAACUGACGGGGUUAAAUCAUUCACAACCCAAAGUCACAGAAGAACACAUAGCAUCAUGGCAGCUAAGUUCAUCGUACUUUCCCUGUUCGUAGCAUCAGUCUACGGCAGCGGUGGUUACUCAAGCUUCUCCUAUGGAGUAUCAGACCCCAACACUGGUGACGUCAAGGACCAGCACGAGAAACGCGUCGGUGACAGCGUCGUUGGCAAAUACUCACUUCUGGAAUCAGAUGGAACCAAAAGGAUUGUCGAGUACGCUGCUAAUGCCGCUACUGGAUUCAACGCUGUAGUCCGCAAGGAGCCAGCUGUUGGUGUGCACCCGUCUGGACCUCAUGCUCCAUUGGCUGGAGCUGCACAUGGACCUGUAGCGCCUGCAGCCCCAUUGGCCCCUGUUGCUGGCCCAGUCCGCCCUGCACCUAUUGCUCCUUUGGCUGGAGCCGGACCUCUUGCCCACCCUGCUGGUCUACCUCAUCCCGGUGCUCUUCCUCAUCCUGGCGCUCUAGCCCAUCCUGGUGCUCUUGGUUAUCCAGGUGCCCUUGCUCACGGUGCUCUUCCUCACCCUGGUGCUCUUGCUCACCCUGGUGCUCUCGCUCACCCUGGUGCUCUCGCUCACCCUGGAGCACUCGCCCACCCUGGAGCACUCGCCCACCCUGGCGCACUCGCCCGCCCUGGUGCUCUCCCCUACCCUGGAGCUCUUCCUCAUCCUGGUGCCCUUCCCCACCCUGGUGCGUACGGUGCCAACCGUCUUGCUGGUAACUUAGCGUACCCUGGUUACGCUAACGGUUACGGCAACCCCUUGGCUGGUCAUCUUGGUAACCGUGGAGCUCCUUCUGUAUCUCACUACUCCCACUCUAUUGUCCACAACGCUGCUCGUCCCUACGCUGGACCUUACGCCGGAGCUUACAACGGAGCCUACAACGGAGCCUACAACGGUGCCUACGGUGGUGCUUACGGUGGUGCCUAUGGUGGAUACGGAGCUUUAGCCCAUGGACUCGCUAACCCUCACGCCAACGGAUUGAUCAACCCUCUUGCACAUGGUGUUGCUCGCAGCUACGCCAACUCUGUAGCGCACCCCGCUCCCCAUGGUCACGGUGCAUACGGCGCCCCGGCUCUUGGAGCGUCUGCUCUUGGAGCUGGUCUGGCUUGGUGAUGAAACGACUGCUACUGAUCUGUGAUUUAGACGACUAAUAAAUUAUGAAUACGAA